AGGAACUGAAAAGAAGGAGCUCCGAUGGCUGGCAAAAGACCUCAUGUGUUGGCCGUUCCAUUCCCUGCUCAAGGCCACGUGAAGCCGCUCAUGAGCCUCUGUCGCCUAAUAGCCAAACACGGCAUUAAAGUCACCUUUGUCAAUGCCGAGUCUAUUCAUCACAAAAUAAUUUCCGCAUCUCAAAAACAACAACAACAAGAUGAAGAUGAUUCCGGCCACAACAUAGUGAUGGAAACCGUCCCGGAUGGUCUAACUCCUGAAGACUUACCCUUUACACUGGUCGAAACUCUUCCAAAGACAAUGCCGCAAACCUUAACCGAUUUGAUUCAAAGGAUCAACACCUCCAAUCCUAAUGAGAAGGUUACCUGUCUCAUUACUGACAUCACAUUGUCAUGGAUUUUCGAAAUUGCAGCUAAGAUGGGAGCCGAGCAUGUCGUCUUUUCCACAUUUUCCGUCGCCAGCUUGGCCUUCAUGCUUCACAUUCCCAAACUCAUAGAGCAAGGAAAUCUCAAUAUAAAUGGAUCUCUCGAAAAUGGAGUUGUAGUUAGUCUUUCAAACGAUAUACCUUCUUGGAGGAAAGAUGAGCUUCCGUGGAGUUUCUCCAGCAACCCGAAAAUAGAAAAGGUUUUCUUUGAAACUACAAAAAAUGGAUUAAAAGAAGCUGGUAAAGCAAAGUGGUGGCUUUGCAACUCUAGUCACGAGCUCGAACCGGCAGCAUAUGAGUUGCUCCCAAACGCAUUGCCAUUUGGUCCCUUAAAUUUACUUGACUCCAACAAUGUCGGAUCCACUAAUUUCUUCUCUGAAGAUUCAUCCUGUUUAUGCUGGUUGGAUACCCAACCGUAUAGAUCUGUGGUGUAUGUUUCUUUCGGAAGCUCGGGAGUUUUCUCUCAGCAGCAGUUGGAUGAGUUGGCUCUCGGGCUCGAGCUAUCGGGCCGGGCUUUUCUAUGGGUCGUCCGCCCCGACCUCGCCGAUGGGUCGUCGGUCGUGUACCCUCCCGGGUUUGGGACUGGGCUCGGGAAGAUUGUGGAAUGGGCACCUCAAAAUAGAGUCUUGUCGCAUCAGUCCAUUGGUUGUUUCGUGUCUCAUUGCGGAUGGAACUCGACUACCGAAGGUGUGACCAAUGGGGUCCCUUUCCUAUGUUGGCCCUAUUUUGCUGACCAGUUCCAUAAUGAGAGGUACAUUUGUGAAAAGUGGGGGAUUGGAUUAAAAAUUGAUUUUGAUGAAAAGGGGAUUGUUAGAUCAAGAUAUGAAAUCAAGGACAAAAUUAAUAUGUUGUUUUAUGAUAAUAAGUAUAGGGAAAAUGCACUGAAACUGAAGGAAAUGUGUGGCAAGAGUGUUGACGAUGGUGGAACGUCUUGCAAAAAUCUGAAGAAAUUUAUUGAUCAUCUUUAUAGGAGAUGAAGGGUAUGGUUUUUACAUAUUCCAAAAAUUUGUGUGUUCAUAUAUAUUAAUGGUUUCUGAUAUGUACUAGUACUACUUUUUAUGAAAUAAGUAUAAAAAUGCUUGUGUAUAUACGUGUGAAACUAGUAUCAAAGAGAUACUAUAUAAGAGUGUUUGAUUUGAUAAAUGAAAUCGAUAAGCUUUUUAUGGUGUUUA